AUGUCGGAAAACCCUCAGAAUAUAAAAUGUGGUUGGACCGAAUGCACACAUCGAUUCGGCACGGAAAUCGACAUGAAUAUGCACGUCCUGAUGAACCAUAUGAUUCUCUUGGAACACGGAAAUUUCACAUUGCAUCGGAAAGAAAAGACUAGGAAGCGAGUGAGAGAAGCUGUAGAAAGCCAAAGUUCAUUAAAAACAGAGCCAGUAUCGCCUGAAAGAAGUCCGCCAUCUCAGACUCGGAGGAUUCCGGAUGCUAUGUCGACGCCUUCAGCAAUUCCUCAAUUUUCGAGAACACUUUCUCGUGUUAUUAAUAUCCCAUCAACUUCGGAAAGCAAUCGAAUAGCCACAGAAUUGGAGCGGAUUCUGGAGAAUAUGAAUAUGCCGGUGCCGCCGCUUCAGAAUAUUCCAAUGAUUCAGAAUCCAUUGAUUCAGAAUCAGAUGGCGUUUCAAAAUUUCCCGCCAAUGAUCAACGACGACGAUUCAGAUGACGUUUCUCUCCAAAACGCUGAUGAUCAAGCGGACGCCCAAGAUAUUUGCUUAAUAAUGGGGAAUCCACCGAAGCUGAGCGACGUCAUCGAGGAGUUCCUGGAACGUCUUCGCCCGAUGAAACAGCUUGGAUUCAUUCGACCACAACGAUCGGUUUACUGUCUCGUGUGUCUGAAAUACGUCAAAUCGUUCCAUGAGUGCAAUUGGAAGCAUACGUUUAGCGAGGAGCGAAUCGCUGAGAUGUGGUAUAGAAGAUUCGGGAAAUCUCGCCCCAAUGGCAAGCAUCAGCUGAUGAAGGAGCUUCUCGAAAUCAAGGAACUCAUUUUGAGCGAGGAGGCGAAAGAAGAACAAGAUGCCGAAGGAAAUAAUCAAUAA